CGUUCCGAUGCGCAAAACAUUGUUUCCGACCUUCCACGACUGACCAAUCCGACGCGACAACCCUCCCCUUUCAAUGACCUUCUCGUUGCCCUUGAGCUUGAACAUUGACAGUGACACAGCUGUCAAUGCGAGAACUUAACUUCAGUUCCCUUCCACCUGGCGCCCAUCCCCCUCAAGCGGAACUAUCAGCAACAUCAACCUGGCUGGCCAAGACGGCUCUUCCUCUGAUCCCCCUCCGAAGCAUCCCCCAUCGACUCUCCCUCAUUGUCAAACUCAUCACCACUUUCAACUCAUGA